AUGUGGAGUCGUGCUGAAUCUAAGGCGAAAGGCCAUCUUGCGAGCUACUGCAAAAAAGGCAACGCAGUGAAGUUGGAUGUGGUCUCAGUUGUCAUCCUAGUCGUGGUUUUUGUGGCAUGGCUGGUAUCAGCUGAAGGAUACGAGCAUGAGGAGGAGAAGGAUGACAUGAAACGUUUGGCUCUAGUUAACCAUCUAGUCUCCAGCACGGGCAUCCGAUCUGGCUCUAAUAGAGCAUCUGGCCAGGAGUGCAUCCGGUCUGUCACAACAACUUGCCCAAACUUUGAGAAAACCGUUGAUACCAAAGUGAGGGAAUGGACAAAGAGUGACCCUUCCCUUGGCCCUACCCUCCUCCGCUCUCUCUUCCACGAUUUCGGCGUCACGUACAUUUGA